ACCAAGCCAGCAGUACGCAGGUUUCUGGCGUCCGAAGCGAACGUCAGUGGUAGCCAGGCGAUUACAGGAACGCAACGCGGCCGCAAAAAUGACGCGCGCCGUGCUUUUUAUAAGUGUUUUUACCGUACUGUUGGACGUCCUCCACGCCGGGCAGGCGACAAAUGGCGCUGAUCCUCAAGUAGCAGUGCUAUGCGAGGCAGGAAGCACGUACCACCCGCAGUACAUGUCAGCUGCCGGACGGUGGACUCCCGAUCUGACCACGAAACCGCAUAACUGCCUCAAGGACAAAAUGGAGAUCCUCGACUACUGCAAAAAGGUAUACCCGAGUCAUGACAUUACGAACAUCGUGGAAGCAUCUCAUUACGUGAAAGUGAGCAACUGGUGCAAGCUGGGAACCGCCAACGCUGCCAAAUGCAAGGUCACUAGAUGGGUGAAGCCUUUCCGUUGUCUCGAAGGUCCAUUCCAAUCGGACGCUCUGCUGGUGCCCGAGAGCUGCCUGUUCGACCACAUCCACAACCAGAGUCGAUGCUGGCAGUUCGCCCGGUGGAACGCGACGGCUGGUCGCGCUUGUGCCCAACGCGGACUUCGACUCAGGACUUUCGCUAUGCUGUUGCCUUGCGGGAUCAGUCUGUUUUCUGGAGUCGAAUUCGUCUGCUGCCCCAAGCAUUUCAAAGAAAACGUUAAAAUGCACAAACCCAUGGACGUAGGAGUACCCGUAAGUCCUGGCGGAGAGGAAAUGUUAGCAGCUUCCGCGGCUAUGGACGAACGUGACGACGACCUGCUCGACGACGACGAUGCUCUGGAUGAUGAUGAUGACGAUGACACCCUCAACCUGAGCGACGAUGACGACGACGAUGAUACCGAUGACGAUAUGGACGAGGACGAAGAUGCUGAUCUGUCUCGCGACGAUGAUGCGGAGGAUGAUGACUAUACCGAUGGCGACGACAGCGCCUGGCCCCACCCCGAGUCCUCGUCCUCGCCGUCGACCACCACUCCCACCACCACAACUACUACUACCACCGCGGCUUCUACUGCUACCUCUGACCCUUACUUCUCUCACUUUGAUCCUCGCACUGAACACCAGAGCUACAAGGACGCCCAGCAACGCUUGGAGGAGACCCACCGUGAGAAGAUCACGAAGGUGAUGAAGGAAUGGUCGGAACUGGAAGACCGUUACCAGCAGAUGAUGACCGCGGACCCCGCCGCCGCCCAAACCUUCCGCCAGCGGAUGACCGCCAAGUUCCAGGCUAACGUUCAAUCUCUGGAGGAAGAGGGUGUAUCGGAGCGGCGUCGGCUGGCUGCUCUCCACCAGCAGCGCGUGCUCGCUCACCUCGCCCAGCGUCGCCGCACCGCGCUCGCUUGCUACACCCGCUCGCUCAAGGACACACCGCCUAACGCCCACCGCGUCCAGAAAUGCCUGCAGCGAUUGGUGCGUGCUCUAGCCGCCGAACGUAGUGGAGCGCUGGCCGCGUGGCGCCGCGCUGCAGCCGCUGGAAGGGAGGCUGCCUCAGCUGAACGCGCCAGUGCCGCUGACCGACUUCAGGAUGCCGACCGUGCCCUCCAGCGAGCCCUCUCGUCUCUCCGACGUCGUCCCCACCUCUACGCAAGCAUCGGAACUGCUAUUGAAGAUUAUGUUCAGUCAAUGCAGUCCAAAGAUGACAUGGCCGUGUCUUUAAUGUCGAUGACUCCUGAGGCUGAGGAGCUGCUGUUGGACCGCAUCGAGGCGGAAGUCCAGAGGGAGCAGGCCGCCAGGGAACAACUCAGUGUCAAGAGAGACCAGCGCGCCAAGCAGCGCCAGGACAUCCAGAAUGAAAGGACUAAGACAUCCAACGGUGUUAAGGAUAGCGAAGAAAGCGAUGACGAAACGAAUGAAAUAAGCGAGGGCGAGACGAGCAGCGUUGCCCCCUCCGCGGCGCCAGCCUCCCCCGCGUCCAGCGCGGCCCCCGCCUCGCCCUCCCCGCUUCCCUCCCUCGCUCCAGUUCCCGUACAUGACGUCACUACACGGGCCGCUUACACCCAGGAGACUACGACUACCGAAAUCGUAACGACAACCGUGACCGACGCUCCGGAAGGUGAGACCGAGACAGCCGAAGUGGAAACCACCAGCCGCCGUACAACCAGCGAGGUAUUCUAUACAAAUACUGAAGGAGAAGGACUUCGUGCAGCCUUGGAACAUGCCGAGGAACGCGCCCCGCCCCCACCAGCACACGCUCUCAAACACGAACUGCAACACUCGCAGCCUGGUUACACAGUGCGUGGCACAGGUGGCGCCGGUGGGUCUGGCGGGGCGGGUGCCUUGUACCCGGCACUGUGUGUGGGCGGCGCGGCGCUGGCGGCCGCUGCGUGCGUCGCCCUCGCCGUCGCUCGUCGCCGCGACCGCGCUCCUCAAGCACAAGGCUUCGUGCAGGUGGAGCAGACCGGUGUGGUGGCUCCGACUCCAGAGGAACGACACGUAGCCAACAUGCAGAUCAAUGGCUACGAGAACCCCACCUACAAAUACUUCGAGGUCAAGGAGUAAAUCCACCUCGACUCUCCCAAAGCAGUUGACAGCCGUCGAAGCAAAUCGGUUUUACGGAAAAUAAUUGGAAGUGGAAGUUAAAAGAGCUCCAUCAUAGUACAGGUUAAGAAAAUCAGGUUCUGUGUUCCGAUCUGUGACAGCGGCUGUCAAUAGCAUCUUCCCUGCCAGGCCCGUUUUAACCCUGCAACGGUCAUGUUAGUCCCGGCCGCUUCUAGUCCUGAUGUGCAGGCUAGUCUAUUUUAUUCUUUGCAUAGCUCCACGAAAAACACAAUCGAAUAUCAGAUAGCAUACGUAAUAGAAUUAUAAACAGAAUAAAAAAAGCUUUCAACAUAUAUAACCAAUCAAUCUUGGCCAUAUCCGAAUCCUCGUAGAGCCAUGCUGAGAAAAGAAAUUGACUAUUUCUAAAUCGUAAAUGAUGUGUGUUACACAGUCCUUAGUAGGAGCUGUAUACAGUUUGUUUCCAUUGACAAAAUAUUUAUAAUAUCUAUGUCAGCGCAUGUACUACAGACGUGCCUGGAGGGAAAUCUCUGCGUUUGUUACAAAUUUAAUUUAAAAAGCUUGUGUGAUUAGUCUUUAAUGAUACGUGUGCGUAAUUCGCUAUCAAAACGUAUUGUAUUUAUUUUGUUAUUUUUUUUGCACCAAAAGUAAUUAUUAUGUUUAUUUAAUAAGGGUUUAGAUCUAAGUUUUUUGUCUAGUGUUUUAGGGUACAUAAGUGUCACCGUAGAAGAGUUUUUUAAAUUAAGUUUUUUCGAGACCGCUACUCCAGUAAUAAUAACCGAUGUUUUCUUUAGUGUAUUAUUCCUAAUUCAUCUUACAAUCAGAUAAUUAACACGGUUUCUCGAUCUAAGUUUAACGCAUCAUUCGGCUUUGCUUGUGUAGUACUAAAUACAUAGGUCAUUAUUACUCGGAGGAGUGGAAUGAACGUCCAUGGUACGCUGUGUAUAUAGGCUCCGCGUACAAAUUUAUACAUUUAUUAACUACCCCUAAUGCCGGCUUUCGUUUCCUUUAAUAACUUAGGUAGAUCUAAACGUGAAUUUUAUGUAAUAAAUGCGAAAAUAUAUUUUAAUAAUUAUUGUGUACUUAGUCAGGGCAAAGCCGACGCAGGCGAACGUCCCCCAAAAUCUAUUCCAAUUUUCGCUUAAAACAUUCCAAUGUCUCUAAUAAAUUUGUACGUGCGAAGUUAAUUAUGCGUUUUUAUUAUUGUUUCCGGCUUAAAUUUCUAUUAGUCCACCUUCGUUCGCCUGCGGGAUUAUAUGCAGUUCUCGUUCGGAUACGCCGUGUACUCAAUAGGUGUUUCGGAGUUUCGACUCGUUUAUGGUCAUUGCCGGUAGCGCAAUAAUCAUGAAGUGACGUCAUUAUCUAGUCAUGGCCGCGGCGUUCGAUCGGGGAUGAUAUUACGACACCUUUUGGGUACGCGAUCUCGGCAGAACCUUUAAGCUUAGUGAGUGUAUGUACGAUUACUAUAUAAGUAGAUGUACAAAAAUUAAUACAUUAUAUAGAUGUUUUAGCGUCAGAUACAUAGAUAUAAAAGCAAAUAUUAUUAUAUAUCGCAUUCGUCCGUAUGAAGUAAGCGCUUGCGCUCGUGUCUAAUUCCACGUACCACAAUUAAUGUUACGUCGUAGUUAAGAUGUAACUCUGCCUCAGUAUUAUAUACAUUUAAGCUUAUAUGUUACAUAAGCUAAUUUAUAUACAUACACUAUAUAAUAUUUCUAUUUAUUUCCGGGCGUAGUGACGUUAAUACAAAUUGAAGUCAUAUCAGUCACGGCGUUGUCAAUUGUUCCUUUUUUGGUACGAAUUUGAAGUUUUUCAGCUUCAUUACCCGGACAACAGAUGGCGAUGGUGUAAUCGUAACAAGAAAGGCGUAAUCAAACGUCAGCCCGUAGCUUAUCGUACAUCAUUUAAAUAAGAAACUCACUAUAUUUGUAAGUUUAUUCCACAUCAAAUAUCCACUCUGUAUUUUUAAUAUCAAUAAUAACAAGCCGACCAUUUAUUUUUUUAACAAAACUUUUGCUCAAAAUCAGCUAUCUCACGUCGGUAUAGAAGAUAAUGAACUUUUGAUUGAUCUUGAUGUAAUAUUAAUCCACUUAUCGAUGUUUGAAGAUUUAAUAACCUAAUUUCUGUACUUUUCCCGGUCACUAUUGUCAUGUACUUAAAUUAUAAUUAUUAAUCAUUGUAUAAUAAUUGUUUGAAUUUUUUUUUGUUUUCCUUCUGCUGCAUUUAUUGUGAGUUCGAAGUUCAAAUUGAAUCAAUAAAUAGACAUUUAAAAA